AUGACAAAUUUUUCACCACCCACGACAGUCUUAUCAUAUAGCGGUAAUUCAAACUAUCAAUUGAUAUUUAAUCCAACAUCCAUGUCCUGGAUUGGUGCUGCCACCUGGUGUCAGAUGAAGGGUGGAGAGAUUGUUACCAUUGAUUCUCAAUCUGUUGUUUCAAUGAUAGACUGGUAUAAAGAUACUGACUGGUCUUCACAAUGGAGUGCUCACGUUUGGACAGGGUUGUAUGCUUUUGGAAUUGAUUCUGGUAUCUGGCAAGGUACAUGUGCUUCGUUGGACUUCUUAUUUAUACCAUCUUCUGAGACUUACAGUUCUAGCGCCCCAUGCAUGUAUAUGGACAAAGACAAUUUAUAUUGGCACUUUGAUGAUUGCUCAAGUAAACAUCAUGUUGUUUGUCAAGUACAGAACGGUGAGUGUGAAUAUGACGAUCAAAAUAUGGCAAUCGACAAAAACCUUAGUUCAUUAUCUUCUGUACCGGCAUCAACACUAGACGAUUGUAAAACAGAAUGUCAAAAUUAUCAAAACGGAGAAGAACAAUGUUGGGCUGUUAAAUACCAAAAUAGUGCAAAUAAAUGUUAUAUGUAUGCGUCUAUUAGCCCACAGGACUAUUUUUCAUCAACUUCUAACACUAAUAAAAAUUUAUUUUAUUCUACCCGAGAGUGUUUUUCUUCCUCUAUUGUCAUUGAAAAUGAACCAUCUAUGACAACAGAUAUAGACACAGUUGUUGAGUUGUGCUUACCAACGACAACAUUUAGACUAAAAUCAACAAAUGUACCAGUAACAUCUAUUGUGUCAACCCAAAGAGAACAAUUUACAACACAACUAACUUCAGAAAACAAUAAAUACUCAACCGCUAUCUCAACCAUCCCAUUAUUGACAACUAUCAUAUUAGGUGAAACAACAUCCAUUACAACCGACUCAUCGACAACAGAAUUUGAAGACACGACGCGUAUUACAAGUGAUAAGGUAACAACAACGCUUAAAGCAGACAAAACAACAACACUGUCAACCGAAGAUGCAAUAACAGCAGCAGAAACAACAUCAUCAGCAAAAGAAGACACAACAACAUUAACAACGCAAGAAAUAUCAUCAUUAACAUUGUCAACGGACAAAACAACAUCAUCAACAAAAGAAGAAACUCUAACAAAAUCAUUCAUAAAUUAUUCAAAAGAAACCACGAUCAUAACAACAAAUCAGUUUACAACAGUAUCAAAAGGAUAUAUCAUGUCAGGAAGUUCUUCGUCUAACUGGAAGUUUCCAAAAUAUCUGGAGUCAACCACAUCAGAGAAAACAGAAAUGACAACUGAUAAUGUAACCAUUUCAACAACAUUAUAUAAAACUACAACCCUCAAUCGUUUUAAUGAAAGUCCAGUUGAUGUUUGUAGUUACGACUGUCCAUGCAUGUUUGGAAAUGGAACAGUUACUAUAGAAACAUUAGAUGCUAGACUAGAACAAUUAAAGGCAGUCUUACAAAUUGAUAAAAAGGAGACAAGUUCUUACGUUCGUAAACGUACUUGUGCAACAGACAGUCGACCUAGUGCUAAAAAUAUAGGUUAUAUUGGAAUUCUAAUUUUAGUGAUUGUGUUUGGAUCCAUAGUCAUGAGUGAUUUAAUCAGCCUUGUUCGAUUCCUGCAGCAAAAUUGGUUUAAAAAGACCAAGUUCAUCGUUACACAGGAAAGAUUUUCAUUUCAAGACUCUGAAUCAUUUAAAAACCUCUCUAAAUGUACUAAUCCAAUGAAGGAAGCAUGGAGAUGA